AUGUAUUUAUCACAUAUUUCAUAUCUAUCUAUCUAUCUAUCUAUCUAUCUAUCUAUCUAUCUAUCUAUCUAUCAAAUUCUUUUCAUAUCUAUCUAUCUAAUUAUAGACUGUAAUAUUUUAAUCUAUCUAUCUAUCUAUCUAUCUAUCUAUCUCACCGGCAAAGUUUUUAUUACUGGUAAUAUUUUUUAUCUAUCUAUCUAUCUAUCUAUCUAUCUAUCUAUCUAUCUAUCUAUUUCAUUUCUUUCUUUCUUUUUUCUUUCUUUUUUUCUUUCUUUCUUUGUCCCGUCAUUUACGUUCUUUCUUUUUUCAUUUUUUACUCUUAAUUUCUUUUUUUUAUCUUUCUUCCUUCCUUCCUUUAUUUCUUUCUUUAUUUCCUUUUCUAUUUUUUAUUUAAUUUUCGUUUGUGUUUCUUUCUUUCAUUCUUUCUUUCUUUCAUUCUUUCUUUCUUUCUUUCUUUCAUUUUUUUCUUUCUUUCUUUCUUUUUCUUUCUUUCUUUCUUUCUUUCUCAUCAUUAUUCCUAUUCGCACGUCCUUCCUUCCUUUCCUCUUGUAUCAGGAUUCGUUCCUUCCUCUGUUUAGUCCUUUCUUUUCUCCAUUAUUACUCUUCUUCCUUUUCUUUCUUCUUUUGUCUCCGCCUUUUUCUACACCUUUCACCCAUUUCCGCGCCCCCCGUUCCUUCAAUUUUGGCUUCCUCCAUUUCCUUCUUUCUUCCGAAUUCCUGCAUUCUGUCAGAUGUUCACCGAUUCUCCUCAUAUCCGACCAAAUCACAUGA